GCAGUCCAUCUGAUGGUCAGAUGCAGGUGUCCUAACCAAGGGCUUAAUGAUGAAAGGCUUGUUUUGUCGUCUUUCAUCCGUUGCAAGAGGCUCCACAUCUAAGGAUUCUACCGUUGGUAUUGCACCAACACGUGGCGUUGGAGUUACUGUUCAUAUUGUUACCAUAAAAACGGUCGCGUAAUUGCAUUCUUGCGGAUAUGGCCAGGUAAAUUUUGGCUACCCACACGCGCUCAGUUUGGUGUUUCAUCAGAAUUCGAUCAGUUUCUCGUGAAUUUCGUCGCGGAGAGCGAGGAAGGUAGAGAGAUCGCGUCAUUACCUUGCUCAAAAAAAGUUAAGACGUGGACCGAUGGCGGUCGUAUGAUACAAGCCGAAGGCACGAUCGGCAAUUUUCGCGAAUUUUCUUUCGUUGUGUUCGCCACAUUGAAAGUCUAUAUAAAACUCUUUUGCUCCAACCUGGCAAGUGUUACAUGUAUUUUUGCCGCACGCCGGUCAAGUGAGUGAGACGUGGAGCGUGGAAAAUCGUUGCAUUUUUCGUAGCAUAAUCCGGAGUCGGAUGUGCAACAUCAAUUGUUUCUAAUUGUUGAAAUAACUCCCCAUCGGAAGUCACCUAGUGUGAAAUCCACCAAGCGCGAAAAUACAGUGUGAUAAUGGGCGUUCUGAAAGUGAAAGUAAGAAAUUUGCUAAACAUGAAGUUUGAAGUCAGAAUGCUCUCUCUGCUGACGAUCGUGAUCGUUGUUCUGAGCUCGGCUGAUGCUUCCUUAUCGACCUCACCCAACGGUUUUUCGAACGCAGAUGAGUACAACAGUUCUCCUACGCGUCACAAACAUCGACAUCAUCAACAGCAACAGCAGCACGAGCAGAAGUCUCGAAAGGAUAAUUUCAUCCUAAUCGACUAUCUUAGCGAUGGUGAGCAGGAAAAACGCAUCAGUUGGAACGGGAUAGCCGGCAAGCAGACAAACAUCGGUGACAUUGGUAAAUCACUCAGCUUGUGGCAAAUGUCCGACGGUAGGAGCUUCGUCCAGAUGAUCUACACCAGUGACGGCCAGCUGAUGGAUUGCGAGUAUGUUCGCCAGAAGAAGCUUAUCGCAAGCUUCCGCGAUCGUUUUUACAGCGAAAUUGAACAGGCGCGUGCGCGCAACUUCACCUCGCCAUAUGUUGUUUCGAAAAAUCGACACUCAUUAGUUUCGGAUCAUGACUUCCGAGAAUUCCUCGAAAAUGGCAUCGUUACGUCGGAAAUGGACGAUCUCACCUAUAAUGUUCAGGAAUUCUCCACAGGACGAUCACAGGCACAAUCUGUGGAUGCUUUUGGACUGCGCAAUUUGACAUACAUCCCGUUGGAACAUGAGGCUGAUAUACCAGAAGAGUUUCGAAAGCUGUUGGACUAUCGAAGACUGAAGCAUCAGUGCGAUCUGAGACACCUGCAAAUGCGUGACAUCGCCCAUGGACUGCAGAGCAGUGACCCUCAAGAGCAACAGAGUGCAGGAGAAAGCCUCCAAAGGCACAAGCGAGCCAUUGCCGAUUGGUUCCUGUCCCCCAAUACUAAAUGGUGUGGCAAGGGCCACUCCGCGGAACGAUACCAUCAGUUGGGAGGCGCGUCACGGGCGGAUAUGUGCUGCCGGCAGCAUGACUACUGUAAAUUGAAUAUUCCCGGUAUGACUACCAAGUGGAAUCUGUUUAACUAUCGCCCGUACACGAUCAGCCAUUGUAGCUGUGAUCAAAGAGAGCGCCGGGACCUGUCCGGUAUGCUUCGAGUGCCGGGCACCAAGUGGUGCGGUAAAGGAUGGAGCGCGCGCAACUACGUCGAAAUGGGCGGACUGUCGAAGGCGGAUCGCUGCUGCCGACAGCACGAUCUGUCCUGUCCCUUUUGGAUCCUAGGCUUCGAGACGAAGUACGGUGUGUUCAACUGGCGGGUAAACACGCUGAUGCACUGCAGCUGCGACGAGAGAUUCCGCACGUGCCUAAAGAUGGCCGACUCGAGCGACGCCAACAUGGUCGGCAAACUGUUCUUCAACAUUGUGCAAUCCAAGUGUUUCGUGCUGAAGCCGGAAACCGUCUGCACCAAGCAUUCCUGGUGGGGCAAGUGCGAGAAGAAAGUAAGACGGAAGCGGGCACACAUUCGUGAUAAUAGGAAAUACUAAAGGAGCUUGGUUUAGCUUUAGGAGAGUUUAGGAGCGUCUCCGUUUGGAGUAUGGAGACCACAAAACUGUAUUAAUUUUUGGAUCGAUACCAAAAGGACACAGUGUUGCCAACAAUAUGGGAUAACCAGAUGACUGCAUGUUGAUAAGGCAUUAUAAUGCUGUUAUUUAUUUGCUAGAGCGAUAAGUUUAUUUAUUGAUAGCGCUAGAUUGAUGCCCAUGGCAUCAGAGCAACGAACUCCUUAAACAAAGAUUCCUAUUAAUUUGUAAGUAUCGUUAGAAACGUCGAAACUUUUGGUUUUUUUGUAUGGUGAAGUCGAAAAAACGGAUGUCCAACUAUCAUUAGUUGAAAAAAGUUCUGAAAAUUGGAGUACUUUAGGGUUUUACAAAAUUUACAAGGCUUGGCAUGUACUUCGACAGAAAUUAGGCUCGGAAGUGUAAAGUCCAUGACAAGCAACCUAAAUCUCACAACAAUUAGAGUAGCAAUGUAAAUAUUUCAACUAUUUUCGUGAAUCCAACCGCUAUUUAUUCGAACAUAAGUUCUAAAUCUCCCACUGCCGAUCCCAGUUGAUUGGCUUCAUACUCAAUGGAACAUUUGAAUGCAAUCCUUGGAUCACAUUAUUUCGUUCGCAUUCAAGAAUCAUGAUCAAAUAAAUCGCAUGUACUCAUCCUCAAUGUAUAGCUGUAAAUAAAGCACAGGUAUUUUUUAUUUCAAUUUUACAAUCUAGAUUAUUAGUAGGAAAAGUUAGAACACUUAAAUAGUCUCAGCGAGGUGAUAAAUGCUGUAACCGAACCAUGUGUACUUGAACGAGUUUGUAAGUGUUAGUUCUGGAUAUGAGGGUUGGAAUGAGUGACGGUGUGAAUUUAAUCUUAAGCUUGAACUGUAUUUGGAUGCAAGAUUCGAGAUAUGUAAUGAGAUAGAUGUACUUGGAAAAACUGUAAAUUUCAUUCAGCCAGUUGUUCAAACAAGUUUGUAAAUAAAGUUAACUGAAACUGUAGCUAAACUUC